UAUUAACUUUCUAUUAACGAGACCUCAAGAUUCAACUGUACCGUUGAUAAUUUGGUGCUGUCAAGAGUUAUCGAGUAAAAAAAUGAGUUGUGGUGGGAUUAAAGAUAAUGAAAUCAGUAAAUGUUUGGACGAUGAAGAAGGUUCAGAAGAUGAGGAUGCCUCAGACUGGGAACCUGAAAGCAGUAAACCUUCAACUAAAAUGAGCUCGAAAAAGAAAAAGAAAGUUGGUCGGCCUAUAAAAAGUACAGUCAAAAACAGAAGUGUUAGUAAAAACCACAAAAAUGAGCAUGGGAGAUCAGAAAGAAAGCGUAAAGCACUUACAGAAGACUCUGAAGCUACAACUUCAAAAGUCCGCCAUGUUUCCACUCAUGACGGUGAUGAAGAGAGGAAGUUUCAUGUUUCAAAAAAUUUGGCAGAAACCAAAAGUACCAGUUCAAAUGAUGUAUACUUUCAGAGAAAUUUACGUUCCCCGCCAAAAAGUCCUGCUGUGAAGAAUUUGUUCCCAGAAAAAAAUUCUAACAAACUAAACAACUGUAGAACUCCGACCAAGCUGACCGAGGAAGAUCUGAGCAAUAAAGAAAAUAAGAGUUUAUGUUCAGAGCAGUCCAAAGGAGAUUCGACUCCACGGAAAAUCGGGACUAGACGAUCUCUGUGUUUUCAAGAAGGUUACAACUCUGAGAGUCAAGCUACAGAGAAAUCAACCCCUCUUAAGCAGGCUCAAACUCCAACAAAAGAAAAUAAAAAUUCAAGCAGGAAACAGGAACAAAAUACAACUCCUAGAAAAAAUGAAGAAGACUUAAGAGAUUUAAAAGAAAGUCAGAUAUUAAAUGAGUUAUCACCAACAAAAUCUAGAUGUGAGAAUCUUUCGCCUUACAAAAGACCUACAAAAAGUGUGUCAAAGACUUUAAAUGAUGAAUCAAAUGAAACUGUCACAGACACAGGAACUCCGACAAAAACACAAACUGCAGAAUUGAAGCGCUUGAAUAUAGAUUGUAACCCUUCUAUGAUCAAUGCUGCUUCACCGGUACGUCAAAGUAGAUCCAGUUACAAUACAAGAACACCUUUGAAAAAUAACAUUGGUGGUGAGAAUGAAGUGAAGAGCCCUAAAAAAAUAUCAUUAAAGCUAAAAAGAUGUGUUAGUGACAAUGAUUCAGAAGAUAAUUCUAUUACUAAAAUAAAAGAAAGGACCGAAACUCCUUCAUCCAGCAAGAAAUUAAACAGAGCUUCCAAGUUGAGCUCAAAUGAGAUUGAAGAUAUAAACUCAACCUCUAGAACUCCAGAAAAAUCCAAAAUUGAUCGAGAGAUGAAGCGUUUAGUUAUAGACUGUAAAUCGGCGAUAUUUGCUGCUUCACCAGUUCGCCAAAGAAGGGCUAGUGGGUCAAGGACAGCAACACCACAAAAAUCUAAAAUUUCCGACAGUUUAAAAACUCCUAAAAAAUGUUCAGAAGACUUAAGUGACGAUGCUGAAUGUGUCACGCCACGGGGAAAAGAUAAAGUUGCCACCAUGACGCCUCGAUCGAAAGCCUUGAAAUUUGAAUAUCGUAACCAAAGUACUAUGUCACCAUUUCCUAGGCAAAGUGUCACUGUUACUACACCAGUUUCCAAGAAGAAAUCAGGAAGAGGAUUUUUAACUCCCUCAAUGGCAAAGAAGGAACAUGUUAGAAAAGAAAUAAAAGAUGAUGAUUUGGACACUACAAGAAAACAACUUCACAUAUCAACGGUGCCAAAGUCUUUACCCUGCAGGGAUGCUGAAUUUGACCAGAUCAAGUCUUUUCUACUCAGAAAAAUUGAACAUUCUGCUGGAGGGUGCAUGUAUAUCAGUGGGGUCCCUGGUACAGGUAAGACUGCCACUGUCCACGCUGUUGUUCGUAAUCUACAACAAGAGGCAGAUUGUGGAAAUCUUCCUGACUUUGAUUUUGUGGAAGUGAACGGCCUGAGGUUGACCGAGCCUAAACAGGCGUAUGUCCGUAUCCUGCAGGCGCUCACGGACAGGAAGUUGAGUCCUGAUCAGGCGCAGCAGGUGCUCAAUAGGAGAUUCUCCAACAACUGCAAGAAGUCCACAAUAAUCCUCGUAGACGAGCUGGAUUACCUGUGUAACCGCAGACAAGACGUGGUGUACAACAUAUUGGACUGGCCGACCAAGCGGGGCUCUGCGCUCGUCGUCCUCACCAUCUCCAACACCAUGGAUCUGCCCGAGCGGACACUCAAGGGGCGCGUGACGUCACGCAUGGGCCUGACCAGAGUCACGUUCCAACCGUACAGUCACCACCAGCUGCGGACGAUCGUGCAGGACAGGCUCAGCGGAACGGAUACUUUCCACCCGGACGCUGUCCAACUAGUGGCCAGGAAAGUUGCCGCUGUGUCGGGAGAUGCUCGGCGUGCUCUCGACAUCUGUCGGAGAACUACAGAGCUGGUGGAUAGUGGAGAACAGGUGACUGUGUCGCAUGUAGAACGGGCCCUCACCCAGAUCUUCUCAGGCCCGAGAGUCGCAGUUAUUCAGAGUCUCUGUCGUGAAGGGCAGCUGGUGUUGCGAGCGAUACGCGACGUCAACCAACGGACGGGCGUUGAUGAAGCCAGUGCGUCGCAGGUUUACCAACAUCUGCUCGAGAUCUGUAUUGUGGAUGGGUGUCCUCGUCCUACAGUAGGAUCAAUGCUGCAAAUGUGUGUAGCCCUAGUCGCUCUCGGACUCAUCGUAGCGGAGAAGGGAAGGAUGGACAUCAUGCGGAAAAUGUCCCUCAACGUCAGCUCGGACGAUAUCCACUACGCUCUUGACAAAGUCACUGUUUGAGUCUGAUCGGUGAUUUAUUUUUUAAAGGAUUUUUAAGUGUAGGCCUAGAAGGUAUAUUGUGGAGAGAUCACUCGACGCUUGAAUUAUGGUCAGGUAAAAUCAAUGGUUUAAUAAUGGGUUUUCCAUCACUAAAUUGGUUGUUGUGAAAAUGAAAUUGACGCGAUAAUCCAUAGAUGGGAUACAAUCGAGUAUUAGGUAAUAGUUAUGUGCCGUUGCUUUUCUUAGUUGUGAUAUUGUUGGCUAUUAACAGAUCAAGUUUGAAAUUUGUCACCAUUUGCAAACCCUUUUGUGCCAUUUAUGAAAAAAGUCAAAAGGAAAAUAUGUUUUGCUGAUAAUUUGAUUGUUUGUUAGAAUGUUUCAAACGGGUUUUCUGAGAGAAAAUAUUUUUCUAUUUCCUAAGCUUUUGUGCUGCAAACGUUUUUCAGAUUAACAUUUUUACGAAUAACAUAGUAAUUUUGUGAACACUAAAAAAACGGAUAAUAAUCUUAAAAGAGUUCUCAUACAAAUACUUUUAGUUUAUUCUAAGAUUAAAAUCGGCUGGCCUUUAAGACCAUUUGGAGGUAAUGCUAAACAUAUCUGUAUGAUUCCUGUGUAAAGUUGCAACUAAGUUUCUGAUUCUGUGUUGCUUCCCAGUUUCCCACUGUAAUUUUAAAAACAAAGCCAAUUUUACAGAUAG